AUAUCAUGGGUGAUUAAAGAGCCGCGUAAAAGAUCAGGGUCAAAUUUCGUGCGAACAGCACAAAAGAUGUCUAUAUAAAAAGAAUUUCGAGUUUUCAAAUAUUAUCAGUUAACAUUAGAACUGCAACAGAACCAAACUGACAAUGAAAGUAGCAAUUGCCCUAUUUGCUCUCGUAGCUGUAGCUGUAGCUGCCCCCCAGAACCCCAGCGAUGUUCAAGCUCAAAUCUUGAAGAAUGAACUGGACAACAUUGGUGUCGACAAGUUCAGCUAUGGAUACGAAACCAGCAACGGAAUCUCUGCUCAAGAACAAGGACAACUCAUCAACGCUGGAUCUGAACACGAAGCUAUCGCUGUCCGUGGUUCCUUCCAAUACACCGGACCUGACGGUCAGCAGUACUCUGUGCAAUACGUAGCUGACGAAAACGGUUUCCAGCCACAAGGUGCCCAUUUGCCCGUAGCUUAGAUUGAAUGAUGUGACUUUUUUUACGUUAAGUCUUGUAAAUAUUAAAUGAAAAUUGUAAAAA